AUGUCAUAUUACCUUGGAUUUGAUUUAUCUACGCAACAGCUAAAGUGUACAGUUAUCAAUGAUGCUCACGACAUUGUCCUUGAAGAAGCUGUCAAUUUUGAUAAAGAUCUGCCCGAAUUUAAUACAACUCACGGUGCAAUUGUAAACGGCGACAAUGUGACAUCGCCAACAUUAAUGUGGGUAAAGGCACUUGACAUCUUGCUUAACAAAUUAAAAUCUUUCCCUCAUGUGAAUUCCAUUCAUGGCAUUUCUGGCGCUGGUCAGCAACACGGAAGUGUUUAUUGGAAGGAACAAGGCCUAAAAGCGUUAGAAGAACUUGAUUCUAAGAAAUCGCUAUUUGAGCAACUACAACAUGCCUUUGCUAUCGAGCAAUCACCCAUUUGGCAAGAUGCUAGUACAACUGCUGAAUGUCGUGCUCUUGAAGAAAGCGUUGGUGGUCCCGAGGCUUUAGCUAAACUCACAGGAUCAAAAGCUUAUGAGAGAUUUACAGGAAAUCAAAUUGCAAAGAUAUACCACAACAACAAGACAGCUUACAAGGAAACAAUGCGUAUAAAUUUAGUCAGUUCAUUUGUCGCAACUUUAUUGCUGGGCAAAUUCUGCCCCGUGGAUGCUGCCGAAGGAUCCGGCACUAAUAUGAUGAACAUCCAGACUCACAAGUGGGAAAAAUCCUUGCUAGAGAAAUGCGGUGGUGACGAGCUUCUGGAGAAGUUACAUGAUGAGCCUGUUGAAGGUGGAACCACGCUAGGGAAAAUCAGCGAGUAUUAUGUAAAGAGAUAUGGAUUCUCUGAUGAGUGCUGCAUUAUGCCUUUUACAGGUGAUAACUCUGCCACGCUCGUAUCCAUGAAUUUAGUUCAAGGCGACUGUGUUGUCUCUCUCGGAACUUCGGACACAGUCUUGGUUUACCUCAAAAAGGAAAGCGCAGAGCCUACAACCGAAACUCACCUUAUGGCCCAUCCCACAGAUAUUGAUGGAUAUAUGGGAAUGCUUUGUUACAAAAAUGGAUCAUUAGCCAGACAAUACAUUCGAGAUUCUUAUGCAGAAAAAGACUGGGAAAAGUUUAAUCAGUAUCUGAUCGAGAAGGAAGCUGUAUUGAACGAUUACUUUGGGUUUUAUUAUUGGAUGCAGGAAAUCAUUCCAUUUGCUAAAGGAAUUUAUCGCUUUAAGGAUAAGCAGGCUGUAGAAGAAUUUGACGACCCUUUUAUCAAUGUCAAAGCAAUUGUUGAAUCUCAGUUCAUGUCAAUGAAAAUUCGAUUACAAAGUAUGGGUGGAGAAACGCAACGUAUACUGGCAUCAGGAGGCGCUGCAGCAAAUAAAGCAAUCCUAAAGAUUCUGUCUGAUGUGUUUGGCUUGCCUGUAUACAAGCAAAAGGGAAUGAAUGGUGCAAGUUUAGGAGGUGCGUUGUUGGCAAAGUAUGGGUGUAAAAGAUACUCUUCCUUUGUAGAAAUGAUGAAAGAACAUCCUCCAGAAGGCUUGGAGCUAGUCUGUAAACCAGAUUUAAAGAGAACCAAGUUAUAUGAUGCCCAUAUAAAGGAAUUCAUUGAACUUGAACAUCAAAUAGUAAAAUAG